UUUGCACUUUCCUCCAUCACCUCCUGGCAUGCUGUGGACAGAGACUUUAACUAUCAACUUUUCUGGCACAAUAUCAUAGAUUUCUUUGAGGAUGCCCCAGGUCCAGCUGCACAAGCCAGGGUGAAGGAGCUGCUCAAGUGGUGGACCAGAAAAGUCUUUGGAAGAAACCAUUGGCAGGACUUGACACUGGACAUCAUUUCAAAAAUGUCCAUCAGUGCUCUUGCUGUCUAG